AGUACUCUCGGAGUGGCGGAAACGGAUGGUGUGUAAAUUGUCUGCAACACUUGGUGGGAAUAACUUGUUCGGCGGGCAUUUGUAUUCGGCACGCUCGAGUGUCCACAAUUUUUCUCUCUACCACCCACUCACCCCCCUUCAUUGUCUCCGGAGGGUUGAUCAAUCUCCCCCUCGCACACACACCCUCGGUGGAAAUCAAAAGCGGGGUGCACGCGCGAGGGAGACACUUUUGGGGCGGAAGUGAGACGCGAAAGUUCAUCCCCUUUUGCGAAACACUGUGUCUCCGUGGCGGGAAAAGAAUUAUGAAUUUUUCCCUCAUCCCCCGGAUUGUAAGUGAGAAGAAUACGAAGAACCCCUUCCUCAGCUGGAGAUGGCGCAUCAAGCCACCGUAUUGUGGUGCGUGAAGUGGUAGAUAUUAUUGAGAGUGCCGUAUAGCCCUACAAGCGCCCUGAACUUUCGAAGAAUAUACAAGGGUGGUGUGGAGGUACACACUGAAAGUAGGCGGGGGCUUGUACUAUCUCAAGUGGCUGAACUUCACACCUUGCCACCCCACACCCACACCUGGUUAAUUGUUGUGAAAGAAAAACAGUGGUGUGCAAUUUAUCUGGGCAAUUAGCACUUGUCGCUGGGACAGCACAACUGGUGGAGGAUUUAUCUGGAGCGGAAGUUAAUUGGAAAACAGGACAACGGACUGCGAAUCAUUAUGUGGCUACCGCAGUUUGGGUGGGUGUUGGCAAUGAUGAUGAGCUGCAUGUACUGUGUGGAUGGCACACCCGCAACGAGAACAGCAGCUGCCAAGCGACCAAAGUCAUCAUCCUCCUCCCAAGCGCCUACGAGAUCCCCAAUUGUGCCGGAUCUCUGCUCCAAAGCACCCGACAUGAAGAUAAUUUGUCACUGUGCCACAGACGCCCGACGGUUGGUAACUAAAGCCGAUUGCUGGAUCCUUGGCUCCGAUUUAUCACGCAAAGAUCCCAUUUGGGCUGCAUUCUACGCCCACACAUCCAUAACAGAGGUCAAAUUUAUCACAUUUGCCCAGGGCAAUUUAACAUACGUACCCAGUCGGGCUGUACGCAUCCUGUCGAUCCUGUCGAAGAUCAGUGUUUCCUUUACGCAAAUCACCGAAAUUGGCCCCUACGCCCUGUCCAAUGCCACACAUUUGGCCAAAGUUGAAUUCACAAAUAACACCCAGCUUAGGUCACUGCGGAGGUAUGCCUUUGCCAAUCACCCCGUCCUGUUUGAUGUCAAUUUAGAGGCAAACUCCAUCAGUCAACUUGAGCCGCAGACCUUUGUCAAUCUACCCCAUCUUGAGGUACUACGACUCGGCUACAAUAACAUCACCACCCUACCCGAUGAUGUAUUUGGUUCACUUGGAAAGCUCAAGGAGCUACAUGCGCAGCACAAUCAGAUUGCUCAACUAUCGCGAGAUAUUUUCAAGGGCUUGGGGAAUUUACUUAUGCUCGACUUAUCAUCGAACAACCUCACUUUCAUUGGGAAUACAGUUUUUGCAGAACUAUGGAGUUUACAGGAGCUUGCCAUGCAGAAUAACAAGAUUGAGCAAGUAUCCGAGAGAGCUUUCGAUGGCCUCAACAAUCUGCACACCCUGCAGCUGCAACACAAUCGCCUGAUCGCACUCCACAAUGGCAUCUUCACCGUUGUACCUGCCCUGAAUUCUCUGAAUUUGCUGGAUAAUCAACUGGAGACACUCACAUUCGAGAACCUCCAUCCAAUAUAUGAUAAUCUCAAACGAAUAAAUAGCGAACUCAACAUUGACGAGAAUAAAUUGAUCUGCGAUUGUCGCCUGACGUGGAUUUUUGAGUUCAGAAAUAUCACUAACAACACCAAACUCCGGCAUUCACUGCGAGAUCUCGAAUGUAUACUUGACCCCUCGAGGGCAGGUGGGGUGCAGAUUAUACCGAGGAAGAAGGUCAGGCUUGAGUACUAUGACACCGAUGAGGCUGAUACGGAGGAGGCUAAUGAGAUAAUUGCCCCGAAGACGCAUGUAAGUGAUCAAGGACCACGAGCUGUGAGAUUGUUGAGCUUGAUGAAGGAGCAAUUGCCAUGCCAUCAGGAGUUGCAGUACCCAACGGAACUCCCUAAGCCGCAGGAGUCCAUAAAAGUGAUCUCACAUGCAGAACGCGAUGAACUCCAUCAGACAACAUCAAGUAGUGGUACAGGUGUGUCAUUGGUCAGUGGUUUGGUCAUCUUAAUCGUGUCAAUCCAUGCUCUUACGGCACCACCAUUGCCGUCCGUCAUCAAUUAGUGCCCAGCAGUGGCAUAAGCCCGUUGGCCUGAGUAUGUGUCUGUGUGUGGCAAAUCGGAUUUGGCACCACACCAGGAUAUUAUUAAUCAGUAAAUUAUCAAAAUGGGGGCAAAUGUAGGGUGAGUGUUGUGAGCCCUGCUGAGCCAACGAAGUGUCUGUCUCUCUCAUGUCCAUAAAGUCUUCAACCCCAAUCAAAAUCCCCCAAAAUUGUGCGGGUGCUAAAGUGGAAAAUGGUGAUGAUGUUUUCCCCAUGAAAACCUCACACCAACAUUAUAUUCUGGAAUACUCUUCCUAAAAUCUACCAUGUUCCCCAUGUGUUAUCCAAAUGGGAAUAUGGGGGUGGUUUGGGAUGUUUAAAUACCAAUUCGAUUUGUUGUUGAAUGACUGUGUGCAAUUCUCCCAUGUGUGGCUAUGGAAUGGUGUGAUGUGCGCCCAAUAUACGACCCACAAGUGGAUUGUUUACAGACGAUUCCUUACUUCAUAUAUUGCUGUUGCAACAUCAACAAUUUUCCAUAUACACAACAUAACAUCAUACAAUCCCCUAAACUGUGUGUGUCUCCAAGGAAAAAAAAAUGACAAAAAAAAACUAAACUAAUGAUACAAAAACAAUGAUUUUAGGAUAAAUCCCCUCUAUUGAACGUAUUGCUAGGAAACGUUGAGCGAUAUAAAGGAUCCCCAGAGGCUACAGAUUGAAAAGGACUCCACACACACAUUGCUGUGGUGCCAGAAAGUGGGAUUUUAUGGCAUUUAUACCACAUUUAUAUCGUUCAAAGUGUCCCACAGUGAUAAAACUAAUCUAUUUUCCCUGAAAGCUCUUGUGCUACAACAUUUUGACAAAUAUUCACCCACAUUUCUCGCGUCUUUUUUUCCCGAUUAGUUACACAAGAGUUAUGAAUUAAAAAUUGAUAAAAGAAAAAAAUAAUAAAUGUGAGUGUACCUAUAAUCAGUAUUAAAAAUUUAAGGGAAAAAAUGAAAUUGAGAAUAUUUGUGAUUUUAAAUUUAUAAAUAAUGAUAAUAUUAAUUAUAAUAAAGAAAUAUGUAUACAUAUAAGAGUAUAAAAAUAAUUUAAAAACCA